AUGUGCAUAGACUAUAGGAAGCUGAACCAAGCCACAAAGAAAGAUCACUUUCCUUUGCCGUUCAUUGAUCAAAUGCUGGAGAAGUUGGCAGGGAAACAGUACUUCAGUUUCCUGGAUGGUUAUAGUGGCUAUUUCCAGAUCGUUGUAAACCCAGAUGAUCAAGAAAAGACGACGUUCACCUGCCCCUUUGGCACUUACGCUUACAGGAGGAUGCCCUUUGGCCUCUGCAAUGCUCCAGGCACUUUCCAAAGAUGUAUGAUGAGCAUUUUCUCAGACCUAUUGGAAGAUUGUAUUGAGAUCUUCAUGGACGAUUUCACUGUCUAUGGGGAUGAUUUUGAUCAAUGGCUGCAUAGCCUGAACAGGGUAUUGGAAAGGAAUAGUCCUGGGCAUGUAGUAUCCAGCAGGGGAAUAGAGGUCGACCCAGCAAAGGUAGCAGUUAUUGCAAAACUCCCUUACCCUACAAACCAGAAGGAGAUCAGAGCCUUUUUAGGGCACGCUGGAUUCUACAAGGAGAACGAUGUGGAAUUUGAAUUCUCAGAUGCCUACAAGGCCGCUUUCCAGUUUCUGAAGGAUCGAUUGAUAAGCUCUCCAAUAAUAUGUGCUCCCAACUGGAAUCACCCCUUCGAGGUGAUGUCCGAUGCUAGUGAUUAUGCUGUGGGAGCGGUAUUAGGUCAGAAAAUCGAAGGGAAGAGUAACGUCAUCUUUUACGCCUCUAAAACUCUGAAUCAGGCACAAAAGAACUAUGAUGUGACCGAAAAGGAAAUGCUAUCAGUAGUCUUCGCGUUUGAGAAGUUCAGGCCUUAUCUGCUUGCGUCCAAGGUGGCAGAUCACCUGAGUCGAAUUCUGCAAGAAGACAAUGGUGAAGCCAUUCCAGAUGCUUUCCCUGAAGAACAUCUCUGCCUGAUCAAGUCAAUACCCGAUCAAGGAAGCAAGGGACAGAACACGAAGAAGGAGCCAUGGUUCGCAGACAUGGCUAAUUACUUGGUAACGGGGGAGUUACCUAGAAGUGACAAAAUUUCAAGGGCACAGAAGUUAAAACUUAAAGCGAUUCCCGAUACUACUAUUGGGAUGAUCCUUACCUGUGGAAAAUGGGGGCUGAUCAAAGAUGCUUAUGAAUUCUGCAAGAAGUGCCCUCGAUGUCAACUUACCGGAGGAAUAUCCACUAGAGACGAAAUGCCUCAGAUCCCCAUCAUUAUCUGUGAAAUAUUUGAUGUAUGGGGGAUGGACUUCAUGGGACCCUUUCCCGCAUCUGAAGCACGGGCCAUUAUCUCUGACCAAGGGACUCAUUUCGUCAACAGAACAAUCGAAGCUUUGAUGCGAAAAUAUGGAGUCCACCAUCGCUUAUCCACACCUUACCACCCACAAUCCAAUGGCCAGGCUGAAAUCUCUAAUAGAGAAAUCAAGGCGAUUCUAGAAAAGACAGUCAAUCCCACGAGGAAAGAUUGGAGCCGACGACUGGAGGACGCACUUUGGGCUUACAGGACAGCAUUCAAAGCGCCUAUUGGAAUGUCCCCAUACCGGCUGGUAUUUGGGAAGAUGUGCCAUCUGCCAGUGGGAGUUGAGCACCAAGCUUACUGGGCAAUCAAGGAAAUGAAUAUGAAUACCGAGUCUGGAGCCGCAGAACGGAGGAUGCAGUUACAGGAGCUGGAAGAACUUCGUCUGGACGCCUAUGACUCUGCCAUGUGGUCAAGAUGGAUAGGCCCGUAUACCAUUGUCGCCAUCCGAACGAAUGGAUCAAUCGAACUCCAAGGAAGCGAUCCAGACUCGCCUUCAUUUAUGGUGAAUGGUCAUAGGGUGAAGCCGUACAGAGAGGGAAUUGAGACAUUUGUGGUGGAAGACAUUCCACUACUCAUGCCUGACCCUCGGCAGUAA